AUGCAUACUUUUUCUCAUGGAUAUGAUUGGAAACUGGAUUAGAGAGAUCAAGAUGAACACCGAACAGUCAAGCAGUACUACUCAAUGAUAAACCAGCAGCAAAAGACUAUCGAUGAUUUGAGGCAAAAGCUAAGCAUUUACGAGAACUAUGAAUACAACAUUAAUAAAAAGAAUUUUGAAGAAACAAAGCUAUACAAAAGCAUGACUGAGUAAAUAGAGAAGUUAAAUCAAGGUUUCACUGCAAUGAAGGAUAGGUGCUUUUAGUUAGAAUUUGAACUCAAGCUAUCUAAAGAAGAAAAGCAAGGUCUAUUAGAGUAGAUCGAAGAAAUCGAGGGUCUGGAGCUAAAGAUAGAGGACUUGACAGAUGAGAAUUAGGCGAAACUGGAGCUUAUAGAGAAUCUCAGACUUAUCAUAGAUCAUAAUGAGGAUAAUAAAAAAGAAAUGCUUGCGAGAUAUGAAUCACUCGAAUAAGAUAAAGAAUGUCUGGAAGCCUAAAUCAGAAUUCAUGAAAAAAAAAUUCUUGAGCUUCACUCUGCUGAAAAAUCAAGAAAGCAAACGCUAUUGACUAGUAGGAAUACAAUUAUUAAAAAAUAACCCUUACUUUAAGAGAAAGAGUCCUAGAACGGCAGAUAAAAAAAUUAGGAAAGAGAGCAAGCAGAGUUUGUAGCCAAAGAUAGCAAAUUUUUCAACUUCACUCUGUAGAAAAUGCCUAAGUAAACAAUUACCUAAAACAAAAUCGAGGAGGAAAUGCUUGAAGAUGAAGAUUCUUCGUUAAGAUCCAAAACAUUCAGACACAAAAAUACAACAUCAAGAAAUGGGUUUAAUGGGUUUAAGGGAUUUGUAUCUGUAGAAGAAUAUGAUCAAGAACAAGACUCUCCAGAAAGAAAAAAGACCGACUACGACUUCAUUUAAAAUGGAAUACUUGACUAAAUGAUGGGAAUCACUGAUAAGCUGAGUAAAGGCUAAGAUUCAUCAAGACAAAAAGAACAACCAACAUUUCCAAAAACACUUAAGAAGCAAAUAUAGCUCCCAGAUAAAAAAGUCAUUAAUAUCUGCAUGGACGAUGAAGCACAGUUUAUUGCAACUUAGAAUGAGAAUAAAAUAUCUAUUUGGGACACUGAGGAUAUAUCUCUCUACAGAUUAAUUAAUCUUGGUGAGGCUAAGAUACCUACUGCAAUGGCUUUAUCAGCAAAUAAACUCCUGCUAUUUUGCACUAGCGAUAGCUAAGUGCAAAUAAUAAAUCAUGAUACUAGACUUGUUACUCUGACCCAUAAGAAUGCUCAUCACGGGGUCAUCACUGAUUGCAGUUUUAACAAGUACAACCCUCGGAUAGUUACUGUAGGCGUGGAUAAGAGCAUGAAAAUAUACGAUAUACAAAGGAAUUCUAAUGUUUAGCAGAUUUAAAUGAGAACAGCUUGUACGAGCUAUAAUGUCUGCAAAUAUGAUAUAGUUUAUUUUACAGGACACACUUAAGGAGAUCUUUAUCUUUGGUCUCCAGAUGAGGUGAAUGGGCACUUGGCUCACUUCUAGAACUAUCACAAUGCUGAAAUCACUUCUAUUUAAUACAUUCCAGAUAAGAAUUAACUAGUUACUUCAUCUUUAGAUAACACUAUUCAUCUUAUGGAUCUUAGAACGCUUAAAGUUAUUUCAAGCUUUGAUAAUCCUUCAAUUUUAAAAUGCAAUUAGAAAUCUAAGAUUAAGAUCUCUCCUGAUGGCAGAUAUGGAUGUAUUAUAAAUAUGGAAGGUUCGCUUUUGACACUAGAUUUAGAAAAACUUGGAAAUGAUGAGGGAAUACUGGAUUAUAAAUCAAUAUUCCAAAAUGAUUAAGACUGGAGUCUUGUUGAAGUAGGUUUUAAUAAACUGCUGUGGGGUGAAUCUGAAGAUGUUGUAAUUCUGACAGAUGAAAUUGGCUAAAUGAGAUUAUACUAAUGA